ACUUAUACUAUUAUACAUAUAGCGUACAUUCGUAUAUUCAUUUUAUAUUUUUUUUUUCAAAAAUACCACUAUUCUCAUACAUCUUUAAUGCAAGCGAUAUAUACUGCAACGCAUAUGCUCUUUCUAUUUUUCACGUUAAAAUUUAUCUUUUUUUUGUCUGAUUUUCAGCAAUAACAUGCAACCUAACCUUACAAGCCAUACAAAUUAAUCAGCGUCUCAAAACUCAAAAUUUCUUAGAUAAUUUUUGUUUGUAAAAGCUUAUUGAAAGGUUAUACUGCUAUAAUGGCUUCGUUUGUGUAAAUGUUCCACAUAAAUAAUGUACUUUCGAUUAACAACUGGUAAAACUCUAACAUGUAUAAAAAAAAGUUUAUCAUAUAGUACCAGUUCUGGUACAUUUCCUUUUCAAUGUAAAAAACUUGAGAGAAGAUGGCAAUGUUUGAAGCUUCAAAUAUCAAACUUUCAUACAACUCAAAAACUAAAUUAUCCUGGAUCUUUGCUUUUGUGCUUUGGCUCAAUCUAUUGUGGUCAUGGUGUGAGAAAGUGGUGGUUGAAACAAACUCCGGAGCAACAAUUAAAAUAUAUAAUAUGGUUUAGGCAAAGGAAACGUAUAUUUUAUGGUUCUUUGGGAUUUCUAUCAUUUGUUUUAGUUUUUUAUUGUUUGACACAUUUGGAAAGAGACCCAGUAAAAAAGAAAUCACGUUUGAUUUUAUUUGAUCAAACUCGACAAAUUGAAGAUUCUAAAAUCUUUUAUAAAAUGAUAGUACAAAAUGAAAAGAAUAUUGUACCAUUAAGUGAUCCCAAGUAUCAAAUAAUUGCUAGGGCACUAAAAAAGUUGAUAUACUCUAAUAAAGAUUUAUUUGAAAACACUGAUUGGACUAUUACCAUAAUUCAUCGUAUGUUUAAUAUAGCAUCAUUUCCUAAUGUUAUGAUUUUACCAGAUAGGAAUAUUAUUGUCCUCGUUGAUAUUUUCAACUUUAUUAAAAGUAGUGAUCAAUUAAUAUUUAUUUUAGCCCACGAAAUGUCACAUAAUAUACUUCUUCAUACAUCAGAAAUACCAACUUUUUCAACGAUAUAUACUAUUGCAACUAUUGUAUCAUCAUUUUUAAUUUGGAUAUUCUAUGAAAGAAGAGUAGCAACCAUUCUUUGUUCAGUAUUGUAUACAAUAUUCGCAGCUCUUUUUUCUGCAUACAAGAGACAGAAAGAAAUUGAAGCUGAUGAUAUUGGACUUGAAUUAGCUGCAAAAAGUUGCAUUGAUAUUAGAGAAGUUUUAGUAUUUUGGGAGCUUAUGAUGAAAUUUGAAGAGCUUUCAGGACAGAAUAAAUUUGAAAUACCAUUAUUUAUGGAUCAUCCUGCUUUAGAAGAGAGAAAAAAAAGAACCAUUCAAUUAAUGCCCACAAUUUUGGAAUUAAGAAAGCAAGCUAAGUGCCGUGAAUUACCAGCAAAGGACCCACGAGAUCGUUUGCCAUAUUAUUUGAAGGAUAUUGAAAAACACAUGCUAAAAGAUACAAGAAUUUUAGGCAUGCGAUUUUGAAUGAAGCUAUUUGUACAUUUUUGUAAGAUGAGGAUGAGUUUGAUGAAAUAAAUAAUUUAUUAGUCAUGCUUAAA